AUGCUCUCCACACCGUCCCUUCUCAUCUCUCUACUCUUGCUCCUCCUCUCCCACGCCGCCAGCCAUAGCAACGCAGCACAAGUCAAGCUCGGCUGGUGCUACGCCAUGAAACACUGCAACGCGCUCGGAGGGUACAAGCAAGUCAAUGGCGACUCGCAAGCCAUUGAUCAGCCCCUCUUUACGAACUACCCGAACUGCGCCUCCUUCCUGGCUGCGCCUGACCCGCCCGUCAAGCUGAAUGUUUGUCAAGGUCUCCAGCCUCAGAGCACUGACAUCCUUGUCCUUCUCACUCAGUCCGAGACGUGCGUCCAAGCAUGCGAUGCGGCCCACACGAGCGGAACCUGCGUUUCUGUGCCGGACAAUGCUGCGCCUGGCGCGGCAUACAAUAUCAUCAGCGAGGCCGCCCAUCGCUAUCAAUCCGAAGCCACGUACUGA